AUGGCGCAAGGGUACGUGGUCCCGCCCAAGCAACCACCUCAGCUCAACAUACCAAAGUCGGACGUUACGGUAAAGGUCUCAUGUGUCGACAGCACAUCCCGUCUGGAUCUAGGGCCCCUUGGACCUUUCCUCCAACCCGACUACACCGGCCGAAACAAGCUCCUCGGCCCGGCACUUUCCUUUCUGAUAGAGCACCCACAGCGCAAACCCGUCCUCUUCGACCUCGCCAUCCGCAAAGACUUCCAUGUCCUGCCUUCCUACCCCAAAUUUGUAGAGAUGAAAUGGGGCAUCCACGUCGACAAAGACGUCUCCACCAUUCUCAAGGAGAACGGCGUCGAUGUCGACGGUGGCGCCAUCCAAUCCAUCAUCUGGAGCCAUCACCAUUGGGACCAUGUUGGCAACCCAACGCUCUUCCCGGGAAGCACUGAGUUGGUCGUAGGUCCAGGUUCCAAGGACAUGUACUUGCCCGGAUACCUUGAGAGACAAGAUUCAAUCCUUAUGGCUACCGACUUCGAAGGCCGCAAUGUCCGCGAACUCAGUUUCGACGACUCCUUCAAGAUCGGCCGCUUCAGAGCCUUUGACUUCUUUGGCGACGGCAGCUUUUACCUCCUCGACACCCCCGGGCAUAGUGUCGGCCAUAUGUGCGGCCUCGCCCGGACAUCCACGCACCCGGAUACGUUCAUCUUCAUGGGUGGAGAUGCUUCGCAUCACGGCGGAGAAUUCAGACCUACAGACUACUCACCUCUACCCAAGGAGCUGAACCCGAUGCCUCCCAGACGGAGGAACCAAGGGGAGUUCGAUGCGCACGAGAAAGUGCUAUUGCUGAUGGCGCAUGAUGAUUCCGUAAUCGAUCCGCCGCAGUCCGAUUUCUACCCCAAGACGAUGAAUUAUUGGUAUGAGAAGGGUGUCGGGAAGAGAGUGAAGUGGCUUUUCUUGGGUGACUUUGAGGGCGUUGUGAAGGCGAACCAGAGAGGCGAGGAGGUGUUUACUUGGGGUGAGCAUUCUUCUUGGGACUAUUACGGAUAG